UGAGCCGGAAGUGAACCGAAUAGACACGCCGCACCGCAGCCUCUCUCGUGCCAGUGAUUGUGACGGCAUUCUAGAGAAUUCUGGUCCUUUCUGUGAUCCCCGAAUUGUUCUAAUUGGGGGACUGGGACCACACUGUGAACUAACUGUGGUCACAAUAAGAUGAGAGAAAGCUGUGUGAGGUUGACUGAGAGGAGCACAGUGACCGUGGAGCAAAGCUAACCCACGAAUGGCCUGCCAGUCUGUUGCUGCAAUCAUGGACGAGCAGGCCCUGCUGGGGCUCAACCCGAACGCUGAUGCCCGAUACAGGCAGAGGGCCAUGGCAUACUUCGAGCAGCUGAAGGAGUCGCAGGACGCCUGGGAGGUGUGUGCACAGGCGCUUGCUAAAGGCGUCUACAGCGAUGACCACGUCAAGUUCUUUUGCUUCCAAGUUUUGGAGCAUCAGAUCAAGUUCAGACACAGCGGGCUAAGUGGCGCCCAGCAGCAACUCAUCAGAGAGACGCUGAUGAAGUGGCUACAGAUACAGUUGAUGAACACUCAGCCUGAGAAGGUCUUUAUCAGGAACAAAGCUGCUCAGGUGUUUGCUCUCACCUUCAUCAUGGAAUACCUCACCCUGUGGCCCAAGUUCUUCUUUGACAUCCUGUCCCUGGUGGGUGUCAACCCUCACGGCGUGGACAUCUACUUAAGGACGCUCAUGGCCAUCGACGCCGAAGUAGUGGACCGAGACAUCCUACACGCACCUGAGGACACGCGCAGGAACACUUUGAUUAAAGACACCAUGCGCGAGCAGUGCAUUCCCAGCCUGGUGGAGUCCUGGUUUCAUAUCCUACAGACAUACCAACAAACCCACCCCGAGCUCACCUGCCAGUGUUUGGAGGUGGUCGGAGCCUACGUGUCCUGGAUCGAACUCAGCCUCAUCGCCAACGAACGGUUCGUUAACGUGCUGCUAAGCCACAUGUCAGUGGAUGAGCUCCGAGAAGAAGCCUGUGACUGUCUGCUGGAGAUUGUCAACAAGGGCAUGGACCCUCUGGACAAGACCAAGCUGGUGGAGUCUCUCUGUCAAGUCCUGCAGUCUGCUGGAUUCUUCAACGUGGACCAGGAAGAGGAUGUGGAUUUCCUGGCUAAAUUCUCGCGUCUGGUCAACGGGAUGGGCCAGAGUUUGGUCCUGAGCUGGACCAAACUGGUCAAGGCAGGAAGCUUAAAAGACGCCACCGACACGCUACACGCUUUGGAGGCCAAAAUUCCCCUAAUGCUACAACUACUGGUGCACCAGGACGACGACAUCUCAGCCAAUGUGGUGGGAUUCUGCUACGAGUACCUUCAAGUCCUCAAACAGGCCAGUCAGACCUCCACUUGGCCCCGCCCACUUGUCAGACUUGAUGAGAUGACUUCCUGCUUAUCCUGUUGUUUACUUCCACAGCUUCCUGAACUAAGUGAGCGUCAAAAGAGCAACAUGGAGGCCAUAAUGCUGGCGGUUAUCAAGAAGCUAACAUAUGAUGAUGAAUACAACUUUGAAAACGAGGGUGAGGACGAGGCCAUGUUUGUGGAGUACAGGAAGCAGCUGAAGAUGCUGUUGGACCGUCUGGCCCAGGUGUCUCCUGAGCUGCUGCUGGAAGCUGUCCGUCGUGUCUUCACUACCACCAUGCAGAAUUGGCAGAGCACCUCCUUCAUGGAGGUGGAGGUGGCUGUCAGGUUGGUGUACAUGCUGGGCGAGGCGCUGCCCACUUCUCACGGUGCUCACUUCUCAGGAGACACCGUGAAGACCAGCGCUCUGCAGGACAUGAUGAGGACUCUGGUGACGUGUGGCGUCAGCGGCUACCAGCACUCGUCCGUGUCUCUGGAAUUCUUCGAAACGGUCGCCCGAUAUGAUAAAUUCUUCAUCGUUGAGCCGCAGCACAUCCCCAAUGUAUUGAUGGCUUUUCUGGACCAUAGAGGACUGAGACACAACAGUCCAAAGGUCCGCAGCCGGGUGGCUUAUCUUUUCUCUCGGUUCAUCAAAACACUGCACAAACACAUGACGGCCUUCAUCGAGGACAUCCUGACCCGGAUCCAGGACCUGCUGGAGCUGACUCCUCCUGAGAACGGUUUCCCGGCAUUGCUGACCAACGACGACCAGCUCUUCAUGUUCGAGUCGGCCGGCGUGCUGAUAGUGAGUGGCGAGAGUCCGGUGGAGAGAAAGCAGGCCAUGAUGAGGGGUCUUCUGGCGCCGCUGAUGGACGCCUUCCGCUUGCUGCUUACCAAGCUUCCUCUGGAGACGGACGAGGAGAGGCAGGUCGCCGUCGCCGACUGCCUAAGCCACGCUGUCGGCUUUGCCAGUCGCACCAGCAAGGCGUUCAGCAAUAAGCAGACAGUGAAGCAGUGCGGUUGCACGGAGGUCUACAGAGACUGUCUGCACACCUUCCUGCCUGCGCUGAGCUGCCCCCUCCAGCGGGGGGUACUGCGCAGCUGCGUGCGCUCUUUCCUGCACCGCAUGAUCAUCUGUUUGGAGGAAGAGGUGCUGCCCUUCAUUCCCGCCGCUUCUGAACAUAUGCUGAAGGACUGCGAGGCCAAAGACCUGCAAGAGUUUAUCCCGCUCAUCAGCCAGAUCACCGCCAAGUUCAAACGGCAGGUGUCCCCAUUCCUGCAGCAGGUGUUCAUGCCGCUGGUGCUCGCUAUCUUCGAGGCGUUAGCUCGGCCGGCCGAGGACAACGACCAGGCCGCCGCUCUGGAGAAGCAGAUGCUGCGCAGGAGCUACUUCUCCUUUAUCCAGACCAUCGCAGGAAGCGGCAUGAACGAGGUCAUGGCCAACCAAGGAGCAGAGAACAUGGAGCGCGUAGUGUUCACCAUCAUCCAAGGCGCAGUUGAUUUCCCUGACCCUGUGGCCCAAAAGACCUGCUUUAUCAUCCUGGCCAAGCUGGUGGAGCUUUGGGGGGGCAAAGACGGCAUGGUUGGCUUUGACGAUUUUGUGUACAAGCACAUUGUUCCCGCCUGCUUCCUGGCUCCCCUCAAGCCAACCUUUGACCUUUCAGACGCUCAGACUGUGCUGACGCUUUCCGAGGUGGUCAUUACGCUGAAGAUGAUCCACGUCAAACAGGGGCCGGAGUUUGUACAAUUCCUCCAGCACAACUACCUGCCUUCCCUUCACGUGUCUCCAGACAUCGCACAGGAGCUGUGUCACGUCCUCCAACAGCCGGACAUCAAAGUCUUAAAGACCUACAUGAAGGCGUUCUUCCAUCGAGCCAAGCUGUAGGGGGUGAAAGGGCACAGGAAGUCGGCAUAGGAGCUGCAGUUUGCACUUGAAAGUGAGCCCGGUGUAUCCAAGCGAGGUCAAAGGACAGCGAGCGGCGGAGCCCGUGACAAGACGAGCUGUCCACGUGAACUCUGAACUUUGCAGGAGGCGUGGCUUAGUGUGGAGAACCUUUUUGUUUUUUAUUCUCCUAAGAACGCUAAAGGGCUGAAUUUUUUUUUUUGGUGUGACCUAAUUUAAUAUGCAAAUCAUGUGUCAAUCAUCUCAGCUCUUGAAUUAAGAUGUUUUGGUUCCACAAGAGGAACAAGGCGUAAAUAUAACGACCAGCGUUCUUCGCUUUAGUUUUUGUUCUCUAAUGACAAAUAGAGAAAAUAAAACACUUUAAAGACUUCA